AUGUGCUCAGAAGGGAGGACUACAUUGAAAAUGUGGCCUUCAUAUGUUCUUGUGCAGACGUCCAAUCAUUGUAACAUUUGCUUCAUUGCGUUCCCACACAUUUAUAGAGCUCAGAUCGUCAGUUUCAUACUUAUCGGUGGAGGAUUGAAGAUAGAGUAUGGUGCGCAUUUUAAAUACAAGCGGGUACAAAAAGGAAUAGAGGGAAACGGAGGAGAGCGGAGAGCGGGGCGGCGGGACAGCGAGCUCGCUGUUGGAGGCAGCGCCGGCGAAGACGCGGCGGCGCGGAGCGUCGGGAGAUAUUGGGGCCAUCAAGGCGGCGCAGCGGCGCGGGGGAAGGCGCUGACUGGCGCGGCUAAGAUAGGCGCUGAUAAGCGCCAUCCAGGAGCGUUUUGUGCAAGUGCGAAAAACAAGCCCUCUCGUACUGAGGUCCCUCUGAAGAACAGUGGCUGUGGGGUGGAGGGAGUCCAGCAUAGGUCUCGAGGCGCGGUGAUACACCCAUGGCAUAAGGAUACUCACUAUUACAUCUGCCUGUUCCACUGUGAGCUGGAGCCAUGUGUGGGAAACGGUGGUACAGGCGCAAAGCGUCUGUCUAUCGUUGCGGGGGGAAAGGUGUCGUAUGAUAUUUUCGGAGAUAUUCAGAGGGACACGGGGACAGGACCAGUAGGAGUCGAUGGCCGACAUAGCGGGGAGCGAGUGUGCAUCAAGUGGCCUGUGCACAUUGUCGCUUUCACACGUCGUAUUGCCUCAUCACGAAACGCGCGCGGGGUAGCCCACAGGCGAUGCGUCGAUGAGCGCUACCUGGACAGACACGGAACAAACGGGUCUUCCACCAUCGACUUCCAUUCCAGCACAUCAAACCCAAGUCCGCACACGCUGCAGCGCACCGCCGCUCUUUCAGAGAUCAUGAGGGGCAUCCCCACAGUCCCCAUAGCCGUUCCGUCUCACACCGGUGUGCCCUCCCUUUCCGAACUGCACAGGACGGGGGACCUCGAGAUCUCGAUGCACAAGAGCACCAACGCGUGCUUUCUAGCGGUCCUGUGCGCCCUCGCAGACGGGGCCAACGGCGCGCUGCACGACCGUCGCGUAGUUGACCGAGGGGAUCGCGGAGCUCGCCCCCGCGCUCCAAUGCGACCACUGGGGCCGGACGUUGCGGCGGCUUUGGGGGACGCCGUUGAGGCCUUGGUGUGGGCGUUGCCCCAUUUUGUGUGGGCGACGAAGGUGGAGGUGGAGAUCACCGACGAGGGGGAGCUCAUACUGUGGGAAGGCGUUUUGUCUGGGGGAGUGGCCGUGCGCGUUCGAAUGCUAUCGGCCUUCGCGACCGCUUCAAGAGGAUCAGAUCUCUCGAACACGGAAUAUGUACAGAGAACGACCAUUGAUGCGCGCCUGAAUACGAACACGAAUCGAUUUCGCGGAAGCGGAAGACGGCUUGGGCAGCCAUUGCUGCAAACAUUUUUUCACCUCCAGCUGUACCCAGUACCCAGCGUUGAGCUCGAACGUCAGCCCUUCGCCAGUUGUAGCGCCCUAAGGCUGCCCUACAUCUUCAGAAAGCCGCUUCGGGAGCCCCGGUCGGCAGUCUUCUUCAAACCGCUUGUCGAUCGCACCGCUGGGGCAGAAGUGCUCAACCCACGCAUCCGGAUCCGCCGUGUAGAUACCGUUAAUGGGCCAGUGCACCUUUUCCUUAACGAGCCUUGCAGCAGCGUAUGGCGGGGUCAAGAGCUUCCCGUGCCGGAAGUGCUCGCUCCCGGUUGCCUUCUUGAGCCGCCGUGGCGCACAUCUGCUCGAAGUCGACCGCAUGCAGGCUGGACGGGAAAUACGCGGCCGCGAGUCACACGAACGCGCGGAAGUGAUCCUGGCAGUGGUGAACUAGCGCCGACACAAGCGCGGGAUAGAGCCAGACUGGACGCACUAGUCGUAUCUGAUUGCGACGACCUCAGUGAGGCCCUCGGCGUCGACGUGCCCCGGUCCACGGCAGUCAGGAACGACAACCGUACGCCGUCGCCGAGAGGGGCGAAGUGGGCGACUUGGGUGGGCAGGAAGCCGUGGAUGAAGAGUAUCCUGAAUGCAGGCGCUGGCAGAUGUUCGCAGUGCGAUGCCUGUCAAAGCGGAGUUGAAGCAAAAGCCCGUCGCGAUCUCAACCUCUUGAAUCUUUCCUGGAGCAUCCUUGCCAGUGCGAUCAGUGCGGGAGUUGUCGUGCGCCAUCUCGGAUCCGGAGACGAGAUGGGACUGAUAAGCUCAGCGAUUCUGUGGAUUAGCGUGGGCCCCGUGCGUUGCGAGCACACGGAAGAGAAAGAGAAAAGCAGGAUGUCUCGUGGAGCCAGGCAGCUUGGAAAGGGAGGAAAGGAAGCGCAACUUACCACGCUAAAUGAGUAUUCGAUCACCAUGGCCCCCUGGUCGAACCCGCCCAGGUCCAGGUCUUCCCCCUCAGGAAGAGCAUCCGAAUUGGAGCGCCUCUGCAGCGAAUUUCGUGCGGUUCGAGAUGUCGAUGAGAACCGUGGUAGCGCAGCUCGAUGUCGCCGAGUACGCGGCGGUAUGCGUUCUGGUGGUAUACGUCUUCGCGGCAGGGACGCGGAUAAGAAACACGGUGAAAAACGUGUUCAUCCAGCAAGGCCACCGUCCGCGCAGAACAGUGGGACCGGUGGACGGGCUUUGCGCGUGGGGAGGGGUGAGCCUCCGGAGGAGAUCGCGGAGGCAUGA